AUGGGACCAAGGCCUCCACCUCCUCCACCAACUACGGAUAACCCCAAUCUUGUUAAUGCUUUGGAAGCUAUGGUUGUAGCUAUGCAACAACAGAAUGCAAACAUUUGUGAGAUAUGCAAAGGAGGUAGAAUUCUUGCAACUCUUGCAAGGAAACUUGUCAAUGUCAGGGCUGCGGGUAGAGUAUAUGCUUUGACGGGGGCAGAAGUUGCAAGUUCAGGUAAUCUUAUUGUUGGCUCAUGUGUGAUUGCUGGUAUGAGUUUGUGUGUUCUAUAUGAUUCUGGAGCAACACAUUCCUUUGAGUCAGAAUCUAGAGUUCAAGAGUUGGGUUUGCCAGUUAAGGAGCUACAGUAUGAUCUGACUGUAUCCACUCCAGCGUCGGGUUUAGUCAAGACAUCUACCUUAUGUGCUAGAUGCCCCAUUGUGAUUGAGGGACGUCGAUUCAAGGUAAAUCUGGUGUGUUUACCCUUGAAAGACUUGGAUGUAAUCUUAGGAAUGGAUUGGUUAUCUGCCAACCACAUUCUUAUAGAUUGCAAUGAGACAAAGUUGUUGUUUCCUAAUCCUAAGGAUGAGAAGUUGUUGUCUUCACAACAAAUUGCCAGAGAAGCUAAAGAAGGGUCUCAAUGUUUUCUUAUUCUGACUCAACUAUCAAUUGAGGAAAGAGAUGUGUAUGCCAAGAUACCAGUUGUAGAGGAGUUUGCUGAUGUUUUUCCCGAAGAUGUACUAAGAUUGCCUCCGAAGAGGCAAGUAGAGUUUUCUAUUGAUUUGGUGCCUGAAGCAGGACCAAUAUCAAUAUCUCCAUAUCGACAGUUACAGGGGGCUAUUGUUUUCUCUAAAAUAGAUCUGAGAUCGGGUUAUCACCUAAUUCUGGUCAAGUCUGAUGAUGUGCAGAAGACGGCCUUCAGGUCUAGAUACGGGCAUUAUGAAUAUGUAGUUAUGCUUUUUGGUGUGACAAACGCCCCUGCUCUGUUUAUGGAUUUCAUGAACAAAAUUUUCAGGCCUUUUCUUGACAAGUUUGUGGUGGUCUUCAUUGAUGAUAUCUUGAUCUAUUCUAAGACUCAAGAAGAUCAUAUAGAACAUCUGAGGACAAUUCUAAGUAUUUUGAGAGAAAAGAAGUCAUAUGCCAAACUGUCUAAAUGUGAUUUUUGGAUGAAAGAGGUUCAAUUCUUGGGGCAUGUAAUAUCGGCGCUUGGUAUUGCUGUGGACCCUUCUAAAGUAGAAGCCGUGUUACAGUGGGAACGCCCGAAAUCCGUCAUGGAGAUAAGAAGCUUUGUGGGGUUGGCAGGAUUGGGAUGCGUGUUAAUGCAAGAGAAGAAAGUAGUGGCAUAUGCUUCUAGGAAAUUGAAGGUUCAGGAGAAAAACUAUCUUACUCAUGACUUAGAGUUAGCAGUAGUGGUGUGUAGAGAUGUCAACGGGGCGGGAAAAGCCAAUGUGGUGGUUGAUGCUUUAAGCAGGAAAAGAAUGCAUGCUUCUGCUAUGAUGAUAAAGGAGGGUGAGUUGGUGGAGAAAUUUAGAGACAUGCAGUUACAUGUGUCAUUGGGGAAGGAAGUCAUCAAAUGUAGUCACUUGACUAUAACUAGUGAUUUUCUUGAGUUAGUAAAAGAAAAGAAGCUGUCAGAUUCUAAAAUACAAAAAAUAGUGAAUUUGCUCGGGUCUGAAAAAGCUAAAGACUUUGUGAUGGGAGUAGAUGAGAAAGCAAAGGUGGAACACCAAAAACCGGAAGGGAUGUUGCAUCAGUUGGAAAUACCAGUUUGGAAGUGGGACAACAUUGCUAUGGAUUUUGUCACCCACCUGCCACGAUCCGUUCGGAAUCAUGAUGCUAUUUGGGUGAUAGUAGAUCGGCUGACUAAAAGUGCCCACUUUCUAGUAGUUAACUUGAGGAUGCUAAUGGAUAAACUGGCACAGUUGUAUAUCAGAGAAAUAGUGAGGCUACAUGGUGUACCUUCGAGUAUAAUGUCAGAUAGAGACUCUAUAUUUACUUCUAGAUUUUGGCAAACUUUGCAAAAUGCCUUGGGUAGUAGACUAACCACGAGUUCUGCUUACCACCCUCAGACUGAUGAGCAAUCUGAGAGAACAAUACAAUCACUAGAGGAUCUACUAAGGACUUGCGUGCUAGACCAUAUGGGAGGAUGGGAUGAAGUAUUGCCUCUAGUAGAAUUUACAUACAAUAAUAGCUACCAUGCAAGUAUCGGUAUGACGCCUUAUGAGGCUCUCGAUGGUAGGAGAUGCAGAACUCCGUUAUGCUGGUAUCAGGAAGGUGAGGCAGUGUUGUUGGGACCGAAAUUGUUGAAGCAAACCUCAGAAAAAGUAUCCAAAAUAAGAGACAGGAUGAUGAAAGCCUCAUUGAGCAGACAAAAGUCGUAUGCGGAUCGAAGAAGAAGACCUUUAGAGUUUUCAACAGGGGACCAUGUUUUCUUGAGAGUAACUCCAACCACUAGUGUGGGAAGGGCUAUUCGUUCAAGAAAACUCUCUCCUAAGUUUAUUGGCCCAUAUCAAGUACUAAAGAGAAUUGGACCAGUGGCGUAUGAGAUCGUCUUACCCCCUCAACUAGCUAAUCUUCAUUCUGUAUUCCAUGUUUCUCAACUGAGAAAGUACGUGCUUGAUGCAUCACAUGUGUUGGAAAUGGAAGAUUUUCCAAUCAGAGAAGAUCUCACCGUGGAUGUGCAACUUGUUGCAAUAGAGGAUCACCAGAGGAAACAACUUAAGGGGAGAACCAUCAGUUUAGUCAAGGUUGUGUGGAAUAGGAGAACAGGUGACUCUAUUUGGGAAUUAGAAGAGGAUAUGAGACAAUCUUAUCCACAUCUAUUCUCUGGUAAGAUAUAUUAUAGUUAG